ACCAAUUUGUCUUCGGAUUGCAAAACAAAGCCAUGCAAACCAGGCUGUUGGAAGAGAAGGAGCUUACAUGGGAAAAGGCAACCACAUUGGCAUCAGCUAUGGAAGCAACGCAACAAGGAAUAGGCAUUGUGAGACAUGAAGCAGCCGCAGCCGAAGUGAAGUUCGUAGAAAAAUCUCAGAAGCCGGAGCUAAAACAAAAGAACUACAAGCCAGCAUCGCUGAAAUGCUAUAGAUGUGGUAGUGAUGGGCACAUGGCAAACAUGUGCAGACAUGCCACUACUACUUGUUUAAAGUGCAAAAAGGUUGGACAUUUGCAGCGUGUGUGUCGAAACAACACGAAGAAAAAGGUUAAUGUCGUCGAGGAAAUUCACGACAGCGAGGAGGAAGAAGAAGAGAUAGUAUAGAAUACUGCGGGUAUGUAAUCGACAAACAAGGAAUACAUAAGAUGGAAUCAAAAAUAGAAGCCAUACAGAAGAUGCCAAGGCCAAAAGAUCAGGAUCAAGUGCGUGCUUUUAUGGGACUAGUGAACUAUUAUGGAAGAUUUUUGCCGAACUUAAGUACUUACAUGUAUCCAAUUAACAACCUACUAAAAAACAAGACAAAUUUUAGGUGGAAUACAGAGUGUGAAAAGGCCUUUAACUGGGUAAAGUCAGAAAUACAGUCUGAGAGAGUAUUGGUACACUACGAUAGUACCCUUCCAUUAA